AUGAAAUAUGACCUCGUCGUUCACUUCCUAACGGGUUCAUACUUUUUGCAGGCCACUGUACCAGUUAACCCGAAGCCUUUCCUGAACAACCUGACAAGGAAGUCUGUUAUUGUCAAACUGAAAUGGGGUAUGGAGUACAAAGGGUACCUUGUUUCUGUGGACUCUUACAUGAAUCUGCAGCUUGCUAAUACAGAGGAGUAUAUUGAUGGACAAUUCUCUGGAAACCUUGGAGAUAUACUGAUAAGGUGCAACAAUGUUAUGUAUAUGCGUGGCGUUCCAGAGGAUAUCGAGAUAGAGGAUGCAGCAUGAGAAGACAUGGACCGCUGUCACGCGUAGAUAUCUGACAUGAACGUGCCAAUCUAGCCCUGUUUCAGAUGUAGUCUCUAUUGAUGCAGGAUGUACGAUUUACCUGCUCCCGUGCUAUCUACAUGUUUGGUUGUACUGGUGACCAGAUUUUUCAGUUUUCAAUCGUCUGGAUGGUGCUAUCGUCCUUGCUGAGUGUUAGAAGUACUGAAUUUCUUGAGCAAUUCUAUUUUGGG